AUCCUUUAGUAAAAAAAAUAUCGACUAAAUCGACUCAGAUGAAUUUUCGAUAGAUCGAGUCCCUGGUACAACGUAAUAAUCUUUCGAUGUAUCGAAUUGUGGAGUCAUCGGUCCAUACAUGUUUCGAUUAAUUCUCAUGACAGAUUGACACUCGAUAAUUGAAUUUCAACAAUGGCUGAGGAAAUGGUGAAGUUCACAAAACUCCGAACGGCGAUAGAUCCGAAUUUCUGGGCUAAAUUUGCGGAGCUAAAAUUGGAUAAAUACAAAUUGGAGGAGAAAACAGAGAUAUCGGUGUGGGCAAGCUAUAGUUUAGACAGAUCAACAAAAACUAAAAGUCUACUGGGACUAGACUGCACCUCAUUUAACGAAAAUGUGGAGACGACGUCGCACCACGGAGCCGUCCCCUGCUCAGGAUACCUGAUAAACACCAACACCUUCGAAACCUUCAGACAGAUCCAGCCCGAGAAAUUCAUCGAAAAAAUUGGCCAGCACCUCCUGAACUCCAUAAAAGACGGGACGGCCUUGAAAGAUCCCUCAAAACUCACCCUCUUCCUGAUCCUCUCCUACGCAGACCUGAAGAAAUACAGAUUUCACUACUGGGCAGCCUAUCCCACCCCCUUCAACAUCCCGGAGAUGUUCCACCAGUCGCUCCCUCAGCCACUCACCUCAAAACUCUCAGAAUCAUCCCUGGAGAAGCUGAAGCAUGACUUCGACCUCCUGGAGGCAAAGUCCAGGUGUUUUUUCUCAGUCCUGUGGAAUGCCUCGAACUCCCCUGAAGACUUAACGAUAAUGUCGCUGUCAGAGGGAGUGGACCUCAUCAAAUCGAGUAGUCAUCCCCCAGGGAAGAUAAUAUUUUGCUUCUUCGACCCCUGCGACAGCCCAGAACCAGGCUGGCCCCUGCGGAAUCUCCUCUGCCUCCUGAUAUUCACCUGCCCCACGUACUCGCUCUCCCAGACAAUUCCCAUAAUAUCGUACCGAGGGAAAGACUCUCUUCUGUACGAAAUUAAAGCCAAAACAACUGUAACCGAGGAUAAAGUUAAGACAGACAUAAUGACCAGUAAAUUAGUCGGUUGGGAAGCGAAUAUGAGUGGAAAAAUGGGUCCAAACAUCGCAGAUCUGUCUCAAUCGAUGGACCCCACGAGAAUGGCGGAACGUGCAGUGGACCUAAACCUGAAGCUGAUGAAAUGGCGUCUAGUUCCAGACCUCAACCUUGAAAAAAUCAGUCAUCUCAAAUGUCUGUUGUUAGGUGCAGGUACCCUGGGAUGCUCUGUGGCGAGAGUCUUAAUAGGCUGGGGGAUAAAAACCAUCACCUUCGUGGAUAAUUCAACGGUAUCCCACAGCAACACUGUGAGACAAAGUCUGUACACUCACGAAGAUGCUGUGAAGAGACGUCUCAAGGCAGAAGCUGCCAAGGAUGCACUCCUCAGGAUCUCCCCCAGCUUCAACGUCCAGGGAAUUGUCCUCCAUAUCCCAAUGCCUGGGCACGUUGUUGGCCAGAGCAUGUUGGAGUCCACAAAAUCAGCUGUAACUAGCCUUGAGACACUGGUUGAAAAACACGACGUUGUCUUUCUUCUUUUGGACUCCAGAGAGGCCAGAUGGCUGCCCACAGUCCUCUGUGCUGCGUACGAUAAAGUAGCAAUUAAUGCAGCUCUGGGGUUUGACUCGUACACUGUCCAGAGGCAUGGCACCAGGACAUCAGGAACUUCUGUUAGUUCUCCAGAUCUCUCUGUGAGAUAUCCCCAGGGCAGUGAUCUUGGCUGUUACUUCUGCAAUGAUGUCACACAGCCUGGCAAUUCUCAGAUUGACAGGACUCUUGAUCAGCAGUGCACUGUCAGCAGACCUGGAUUGUCAUCCAUCGCUGCUGGACUCGCCGUUGAACUUAUGGUAGGAAUCACUCAGCAUAAUAAAGGGCUCGAGGCGAGUGCAUUCGUCGAUGAUGGGAAAGGGUACAGCAGAAGUGAACGAGAGGGAUGUGAGGGUCUCCUUGGGGCUGUGCCACACACCAUUCGAGGAUCACUCUGGAGUCAUGAGAUGAGGCUCACCAUAACUCACAGAUUUCCAUCUUGCACUGCCUGUUCUGUUCCUAUCCUUAAUGAGUACAGGGAGAGAGGGGCAGAAUUUAUCCUGGACGCCUGCAAUCAACCGAAUUAUCUGGAGAGGCUCGCGGGUCUGGAGGAUUUACUUAAAAAUCCUAAUCUUGAUGAGUUGUGCUAUGCAAUUGAUACCUCCAGUGACGAAGAUGAUGAAAUAACUCUCUCGAAAGUAUAAGACUAUUUGAUAAUUAAAAUAAAUAGGUAAGAAUAUCCAAACAUCACGAUUUGGACAGAAAUAUUGAUAUUAAAAAAAUCAAGGACAUUUGGUUUGACAUUUUUUUAACCGACAGUGUGGUGCAAAGCCUAAUGCACACUCAAUCAUGUUCUAACAAUAAAAUUAUAAGACCUCAGAAUUUCGUUGAAAGAUGAUUUUCAA